CGAGGAAGUGUUAUGUCCCGGUUAUUGCAAGUUGAACAAACUUGGAAACCCUCGUCCUUCUCAAUGUCCGAGUAUCUGAAACGAGAUAAGGUCUGGCUCGGUGUUGGGACAAACUGGCCAGAUAAAACGAGUUGGCCUGUGGUCGCCACUAGAAUGGUCUUAAGUCUCUCCGUGCUGGUCUGCUGUCAAUCUGCUGUCAGUUGAGUGGUCUUUGGUCAAGCCAGAGCUCUGCUACGUACGGUAUAAUACACCAUGAACGCUCUAAUUCUGGCGACCAUUUUGGUGGCGACCACUAGCCAACUCGUCCACGGAGCGUGCCCCGAGGCGCCGGCCGGCGAAAAUCCAUGGCGCCAGACGGGGUGCAGAUGUUACAUGGCCGUCAACCGACUGAAGAACUGGUACGACGCUAGUAACGAUUGCACGGCCAUGGGCGGUCAACUAGCUACCUUGGGGGAGGGUCAGAAGAGUGACCUGCGCGAUGUCAUCUCCAACGACAUGGACUUCAACACGUGCAGCAGCGUGUUGUGGCUUGGAUUCACCGAGAAAGACCGAGACGACACCGAAUACUUCUCCCUGGACGGAACGACCGGUCUGUACAACUGGCUGACCAACGAGCCGAAAAACACUCCCAACGAGUACGACUGCGCCAGCGUGCAUUUCGGCGGCGGCUGGCUCAGCUACCCGUGCAUCACCACACACUGCUACGCUUGUGAAACUGCCAGCAUCUAAGGAACAAAAUGACCUCCAAGAACGACCGCAGCGGAGUACUGACAACGUCGACUUUGAAAACCUUUACCAUAUUGAAUGUUAAAUUUCUCCUGGAUGUUAGUUUAUUGUUUGAAAAUAUUUUGAGAGGAAGGAAACAUGGCCACUAUAAUUAACUAAACUUCAACUUAGAAAAUGAGAUCGGAAAAACCCAGUUUCUCUCAUUUCCAAUAAAACAUUUCAAUGACAAACCUUUGUAUGGAGUCCAUCAUAUCAACCCUUGUUUUUACUCAAUUGAUAGUCUUGCAAAGACUGUAUAAAGCCAAAGGCUUUAUUUCAUAUCUCAUACUUUCAAGCUUUGUCGUGUGUUCCAUAAGAUUGAAGUCGGAAAUCAACAAGCUAUUUACUUGUAAUGCUUGGAUUAUGGACGGACAUUUCAAUAUCACAAGGUCUAAAGGCAAACUUGUCAAAACAAGUCACAUCAUUAAAGUUAAAACUGCAAGCUGUGAAUAUUGGACGGAAUGUGAAUUUUCAAAUCACGCUAUGUACAUCUGCGAUCAACAAUCACAAAAAAACUGCAAAUCAAAUCCAAAUGCCUAAUUUCUUUACACUUACUCAUAUUAAAUAGCAUUCAAAGAUAAUAUAUACACAACUAUUUAAGUACAGAGUGGGAAAACCUAUGGAAUUUACAGUUUGCCAAGAUCAAAAACAAAAUACCCAUCGCAAACUGUAAUAAAGGC